UUUAAGAGCGCAGCGGCAGAGCGACACAUCCGGAGGAGAGGACAGCGCAGCCGAGAGCUGGAGCGGAACAUCAGCUGUGCGCGUCGCACCAGAUGAACCAUCGCGCACGGCUGCGGAGCCAGCGCCGUGCUGGGCACACGGAGAAGUUGGGCCACGCCGGCUCCACUCAACUCCUCCGUAGUCUGUUUCCUGGCAGAGCCGUCAUCAACUUGCCGUCAUGGUUCUGAGCAAAGUGCGGACCUUGGCGGUCUACUUUGACAGCCUGAACGAGAGCAACCUGCCGGUGUUCUCCGGCGGGGACCUGGUGUCGGGGAGGGUGGUGGUGGAGGUGAGCGGGGACGUGCGCGUGAGGAGCCUGGACAUCACCGCGCGGGGAGUCGCCAGGGUCCGGUGGACGGAGUCGAGAAACGCCGGAGCCAACAUGGCUUACACUCAAAACUACACGGAGGAGGUGGAGUACUUGCACCAUUGCGACACCUUGAUAGGAGAGGAGAGAGAUGAGGACGGUCCAGAGGAAGGUGUGACCGUCCUGCACAGCGGCCUGCACGAGUUCGCCUUCAGCUUCAGCCUUCCGCAGAUGGCUCUGGCCACUUCCUUCGAAGGGAAGCACGGCAACGUGAGGUACUGGGUGAAAGCCGAGCUGCACCGUCCAUGGCUGCUCCCCGUCAAAGCCAAGAAGGAGUUCAUCGUGUUCGAGCACAUCGACAUCAACACCCCUCUGCUGCUGGCUCCUCAGGCCGGUACAAAGGAAAAGACUCUGUGCUGCUGGUUCUGUGCCUCAGGUCCAAUCUCCCUCAGCGCCAAGAUCGAGAGAAAGGGCUACACGCCAGGCGAGUCCAUCCAGAUCUUCGCCGAGGUGGAGAACUGCUCCUCGCGCGUGGUGGUGCCGAAGGCGGCGCUGUACCAGACCCAGACCUUCUUCGCCAAGGGCAAGGGCAAGCAGAUCCAGCAGCUGGUCUCCAACCUGCGGGGGGACCCGCUGCCGCAGGGCAAGAGCCAGAGCUGGGAGGGCAGGAGCCUGAAGAUCCCGCCGGUGUCGCCGUCCAUCCUGGACUGUCCCAUCAUCAGAGUGGACUACGCCCUCAUGGUGUACGUGGACGUUCCCGGUGGGCUGAACUUGUCCCUGUCGUUGCCGCUGGUGAUCGGGACCAUCCCGCUUCACGGCUGCGCCACGCGCACCUCCAGCGUCAGCAGCGGCUGCAGCGCCGCGGCCUGGCUGGGCCGAGCCGAGCCGCCGGAAGCGCCUCCCAGCUACAGCGACCUGGCAAUAUCAGAGUGUCACAGGCGGGAUUGUCUGCAGGGCUGUGAUAGUCCUGACAGGGAGGGAGAGGACCGCGGAUCUCUGCUAGCAUACAUCACAGAGUUCAGAUAUCUGCCACCGCCGCUCUACUCAGAGGUUGACCCCUGCCCCGACCCAGAGCUGUGCCGGGCUGCAGACGUCAGGAGGUCCGACAUGUGUCCGUCGCGCUGACGAGAGCUCCCACAAGACGCCGUCACCUUCAGCGGCCGGGCCCACGUCGCUUCUGCCCAGAUCCUGUGUCCCGACCGGCGCCCCCUGACCCGAGAGAGAGAGAGAGAGAGAGAGAGAGACCUGCCGGCGAGAAGACGCCGCGGAGAGUUUCACGGAACUACAACUACGCAACUACAAACCAGGGCAAAAGGGCAAAAAGAGGGCGGGAGACGACACACGCGACCACGAGGUGAGCCUCCGCGCGCCAAUGAGACCAAAAGCACACAGGCUCCAAAGACGGGCCCGCGCCGCCCGUCGCCUGCUGGCUUCUGCUCCGAACCGCAGCUCCUCUGGCUGGAGCUCCACGGAUGUUUGCAACAAUGACUGAGACCUGUUUACAGACGAAUAAACCACAUUCAGAAUGUUGUUCAAACACGACUUCUUCCACCUAAAACCUACAAAGUGCAAUAUACUUUUGUAUUUGUGACGUUUUGCACUAGUUCUUUUCAUACACUCUGUUGCUCCAUGUCUGUGCAUUAAUUAUACUACUGUCAUGAUUUUACUGCUGUCAUGAUCAACUUUUGAUAAAAUAAAAGGUUUAUUUUAUAAAAUA